UUACAAAUUUUUCUCAUUCAUUCAUUCUCCACUAUUUUCUCCCUUCCUCUCAUUUUCUAACCAACCAAACAAAAACAUUCUAACCCCUUUCCCAUUUCUCUCUUCCCCAAACUCCCUCGUUUUCGCUUCUGGGUUUUUUCUUCCGUACGUUGCUUCCAUUUUCCUUCGCUUUUUUGUAUCUGCAUUUCGUGGAUCAAAAUUCGUCGGAAAAUGGAGCAUCGCCGGAGAGAUCAAAAUUCCUUUCCUACACCUGUUCACCCCGGCGAACUCCAAAGAACCCAGAAGCUCGCGUCUACCGACUCACACACAGCUUCUCUAUGCAUGGCUAAUGCGGUUUUCUUCGGUUUAUUCUUCUCCGUCGCGUACUUUCUCCUCCACCGUUGGCGCGAGAAGAUCCGUACAUCCACUCCUCUCCACGUCGUUACUGCGUCCGAAACCGCCGCUAUUGUUUCUCUUGUAGCCUCCGCCGUUUAUCUAUUAGGCUUCUUUGGUGUCGGAUCUCGUGCUUCCUUCCCGGAGGAUCUCUCCGAUGAAGAGAUCCUCGCUAAGGAAGAUUCAAGGAUAUCAGGACCGUGUCCUGCCGCACUUGUCGACACCGACGCGAAACCAGCAAUAGCUCAGUCACCGAAGAUUUACGACGUUGCUGCACCGGUGAAUCUCUCAGCCGAAGACGAGGAGAUCGUGAAAUCGGUUGUUUCCGGUUCAAUUCCGUCGUACUCGUUGGAAUCUAGGCUUGCUGAUUGUCAAAAAGCGGCGGCGAUUCGUCGUUCGGCGGUUCAGACAAUAACAGGGAAGUCUUUGGAGGGUUUACCGUUGGAAGGUUUUGAUUACGAUUCAAUAUUGGGUCAGUGCUGUGAGAUGCCGAUAGGGUUUGUGCAAAUUCCGGUUGGUGUGGCAGGUCCAUUGUUGUUGGAUGGAAUUGAGUAUACAGUACCAAUGGCUACAACGGAGGGUUGUCUUGUUGCGAGUACUAAUAGAGGGUGUAAAGCUAUUCAUGCUUGCGGCGGAGCUUCGUCGGUUUUGCUUCGAGAUGGAAUGACUAGAGCACCUGUUGUUAGGUUUUCAUCUGCUAAAAGAGCUGCUCAGUUGAAGUUUUACUUGGAAGAUCCACUCAACUUUGAUGCUCUUUCUCUCACUUUCAACAAGUCAAGUAGAUUUGCUAGAUUGCAGAGCAUUCAGCCUGCUAUUGCUGGCAAGAAUUUGUACAUUAGAUUCCGUUGCAGUACAGGUGAUGCCAUGGGGAUGAACAUGGUAUCAAAAGGCGUUCAAAAUGUCCUUGAUUUUCUCCUAAAUGAUUUCCCUGACAUGGAUGUCAUUGGAAUCUCUGGAAAUUACUGUUCCGACAAGAAAGCGGCGGCUGUGAACUGGAUAGAAGGGCGUGGUAAGUCUGUGGUGUGUGAGGCUGUAAUUAAGGAAGAGGUGGUGAUGAAAGUGUUGAAGACUAAUGUGGAGGCAUUGGUUGAGCUAAACAUGCUUAAGAACCUAACUGGCUCAGCCAUUGCUGGUGCUCUUGGCGGGUUCAACGCUCAUGCUAGCAACAUUGUCUCUGCUAUCUACUUAGCCACUGGUCAAGAUCCUGCUCAGAAUGUGGAGAGUUCUCAUUGUAUUACCAUGAUGGAAGCUGUGAAUGAUGGCAAGGACCUUCACAUUUCUGUCACCAUGCCUUCCAUUGAGGUUGGUACUGUGGGAGGAGGAACACAACUUGCAUCUCAGUCAGCUUGUCUUAAUUUACUUGGUGUGAAGGGUGCCAGCAAAGACUCUCCCGGCGCAAACUCUCGGCUACUGGCAACCAUUGUAGCCGGAUCAGUCCUCGCCGGGGAACUAUCGCUCAUGUCUGCAAUUGCAGCUGGGCAGCUAGUUAAGAGUCACAUGAAAUACAACAGAUCUAGCAAGGAUAUCUCCAAAAUCGUCUCAUGAGCUGGCCACAUACAACACAAUAAUAAACUUGUAGAGGGGGACCAACGCCUCUAAUAAUGGCAAGGUAUAUAGUUAUAGUUAACUUUCAAAAGGACUAUUGGUGGUGGCCAAGGGUGAAUAAAAAAUGAUGAUUGGCAUAUUUUCAGUAAUACAUCCAGCUCAACAAGAGCAUGUGGUAAGAACUAAGAACUAAAUAAGAAAAGCUUAACCACCUAGUCCAUGUGAAGACAUUGUCUUUUAUGAGAUUGUACAAAAGGGUUGAAUCAAAAAAUGGAGAAAAAUAAAUAGCUAAACUUUGGCUUAGUUUUUAUUCUUUUUGUUUUGUUUUAAUUUAUUCUGUACUAUGUCAUUCUGACAUGGAAAGCUAUUGCCUCAAAGAUUCAGUAUUUUAGUGUGUAUGAAGGAGUAUUUUGCUUUGUUGUUGUAAUCUCCUAGUUCUGGUAAAUUUGUAACUUUAGCAAGAGCUGAGACAUCAAUGAAAUGUAGAGUUGUUGAUAAUAA